AUGUCUGAACAUCAGUACAAAUUUAACAUCACCAUGAGCUGUGGCGGUUGCUCUGGGGCCGUAGAACGAGUACUGAAGAAGUUGGAAGGUGUCAAAUCUUUCAAUGUCAGUCUGGAUUCUCAAACUGCCACCGUCGUGACGGAACCGUCCGUGCCAUAUGAGAGAGUGCUGGAUACUAUCAAGAAAACUGGGAAGACAGUCAAUACUGGCGAAGCAGAUGGGCAAACCAUGGCUGUGUGA